AUGCAAACAGAAUAUACAAGAACUUCUAUAUAUGCAUAUCUUUUAAAUAAAUUUAAAGAUAUUAGUGAAAUUAUUAAUAUCGAAGACUUUUCUAUUAGUCGACAAAUGGCAAAUAAUUUGUUAACAGCUUUUGAAGCUUCAUUAAAAAAUAUUAAUAUAGAUUUUGAUCAAAUUAUUGUACUAGUUACAGAUAGUCCUUCUGUUAUAUUAGAAACUAAUGAACUUGAAGAAAUUUAUGCAGAAGUCGAAGAAAAUUUAUCAAAUUCGUUUUUGGAACAACUUUUUAAUUUUAAUAUUGAGGAAUUAAUAUUAGAAUCAAAUGAAGCAAAUAUGAAUACUAAUCAAACUAGAAUUACAAGUCAUUGA